AUGGAAAACAAUCAUGUUGGUCAACGAGACAAUCACUUCACCGUUGACCAAGUGUCCUACAGAGGCGUUCGCCGGAGGAAAUGGGGCAAAUGGGUGUCGGAGAUCCGAGAGCCUGGUAAGAAAACCCGGGUUUGGCUUGGGAGCUAUGAGACGGCUGAGAUGGCCGCAGCCGCCUACGACGCCGCGGCUCUUCACUUCCGAGGACGUGGAACACAUCUCAACUUUCCCGAGCUCGCAGACAGUUUUCCACGGCCGGAAAGCUCAAGUUCCGAGCAUGUUCAAGCGGCUGCUCAGGAGGCAGCACUGAUGAUUAAACCGGGUGGGUCUACUGAACAAGAUAUCGGUUCGGGUCAAGGAUUUUCUUGGGUCGGAUUGUCUCCGGAUCAGAUUCAGGCGAUUAAUGAGUUUCCAUUGGACUCACCGAAGAUGGGAUGGAUGCAGGAUUUGGAAGUAAAUGAUUACGAAGAGUUGUACGGAAGGUUUUUUGGUCAGUAUGAUAAGGAUGAUUUUUUCGAAAUGCAGCAGCUUCAAUCCAUAUGGGAUUAG